AUGCGCUUCGGCAAGGCCAUCGGCACGGCGUGCAGCUCCUUUGCCAUCACCAACAUCGACGACAUCUUCGUCCUCGUCACCUUCAUGGCCGAGGCGUCCACCACCAAGACCCUGACCCCUCUCAAGGUCGCCCUCGGCCAGUAUCUCGGCUUCACCGUCAUCGUCGCCGUCAGCAUGGUCGGCUUCGGCGUCUCGCUCGUGCUCCCCUCGCAGCCCAUCGGGUUCCUCGGCCUGUUCCCCAUCCUCCUGGGGCUGUGGAGCAUCACCGGCCUCUUCUUCCCCCGCCAGGAGCAAGACCCGGACGACGACGCCUCGCGGCUCGCGGGCGCCAGGAGCGUCGUCAAGGUAGCCCUCGUGACGGUCGUCAAUGGCGGCGACAACAUCAGCACCUACGUGCCGCUGUUUUCGCAGACGCGCGGGGCAGAAGUCGCCGUCUACGUCCUCGUCUACUACGUCCUCGUCGGGGCGUGGUGCCUCGUCGCCUUCCUCGUCAUGAGGCAGAGGCACGUGCUGGCCGUGGCCGAAAAGUACGCCCGCUACGCCGUGCCCGUCCUGUACGUCGGGCUGGGCAUCUACAUCGCCGUCAAGUCGGACUGCUACCCGUGGACCGUGCGGCGCAUCGACGCCCGGAGCGAAGGGCAUCCGGGGCGGGUCGUCGUGGCCGUCGUGACAACGGGCCUGCUGCUGGUGUGCGUCGCGGGCAUGCUCUGGGCGAGGAUGCGCAAGGAGAGGAGGCCGUCCGUCGCCACGGCCGAGCCGGGCGCCGUGCUGGACGAGGUGCCGCCCGCCUCGGCGCGCCGGUCGACAGGUGCAGACGCGGCUGGGGACGACAAGGGCGGCGCGGCGCCGAACGUGCGACGGCAACAUGAUGCGCCGCAGGCAGAGGCCUCGGCCCCCAUGGAGGCGUAG